CCUCCUCCGUGAUCAUGCUUUACACUCUUGUACAGAAUGCUCUCCUCUGCGCGCUUCUGUAUGGCCUCUACAAGCGUCUCAGGCUGUUCUCCAACAAACUGCCUUCACCACCUGGACCUCCCGCCGAACCUUUGCUUGGACAUAUCCGGAUAGCGCCCCAGCAGGCGGCAGAGCGCACCUACUUCCGAUGGAGCAAGGAGUACAAAUCUGAACUUAUCCACAUCAACGUCCUGGGCCAACCCAUCAUCGUCAUCCACAGCCUCCCCGCAGCUGUCGAACUGCUCGAGAAGCGCAGCGCGAUUAAUAGCGACCGUCCAUCCUUCGCUUUCUUCGACAUGCUUGGGUGGUACGAAUGCCUGGUUCUGCUAAGGUACAACCACCCCUCGUUCCCCAUCCUUCGUAGGGAAUAUGCGAAGCACUUUGCCAAAGGCGCGGAGCGUAGGAUCUACGGCUUGCAGGUCAAUGAAGCGCACAAGCUCGUCAAGCGGAUCGUCGAGCGACCAGAGCAAUGGCGCGACUACCUGAAGCUGUUUAGUACCGCGGUGAUCAUGCAGAUCAACACGGGGCACGAGGUUAAGGACGUCGACGACGUGUAUGUCUCAAUUGCGAACGACGUCUGCACGACGAUUACCGAGGGGGGACCCCCGGGCGCUACGGGCAUUGACCUUUGCCCACUGCUGCGCUACCUUCCCAGCUGGUGCGACCCGACAGGGUCGGCCGCCUUCGCGCGCAAGAUGCGCUACGCGGUCAAGAAUAUGCACGACGUGCCGUACGAGCGCGUCAAAAAGGAGAUUGACGCCGGGACGGCCCAGCCGUCGUUCAUGCUCUCCUUGAUCCAGGCCAAGGAUGCGCAAGAAAACGGCGGGCCAGACCUUGGUCUGACAAGAGAGAGGAUCCAGGGCUUGUGCGCGACUGGAUUUGCCGCUGGGAUGGAUACGACGCUCGACACCCUCACGACCUUCGUCUUCGCUAUCGUGAAUCACCCGGAAGUGCAAGAACGAGCGCGGGAGGAGCUGCACGCCGUUGUGGGCUUGGAUCGCUUGCCGGAGAUGGAAGACCGUCCGAAUCUGCCGUAUGUGGAGCGCGUCGUGCAGGAGACUUUUAGGUUCUGGCCGUCUGCGCCACUGGGCGCGCCGCACAAAUCGAUGGAGGACGACGUGUACGAGGGAAUGUUCAUCCCGAAGGGAUCCGUCCUCGUGACCAACGUCUUCGCUAUGGGACAUGACGAGAACAUAUACGCCGACCCGUGGAAGUUCGACCCCGAUAGGUAUCUAUCGACCGAGAAAGGCGGGCGCGGCGAGCCGCUGCCCGUAGGACAGUUUGGCUUCGGCAGACGCGCCUGCCCGGGUCGGUUGGUAGGAGAGGCCUCGGUCUUCAUCGUGAUCGCCACCAUGCUCCACGUACUCUCGCUCGACAAGGCGAGGGACGAAAAUGGGGAGGAGAUCACCAUCGAUCCGCAGACAGCGAUGUACACCACGGGAUUGACGAGUCAUCCAGAGACGGUUCUCUGCAACAUCGUGCCGGCCUCCGAGCGCGCUGGGCGGUUGGCGAAGGAGGCCUACGCGGAUUGAUCUUGGUACGUUCAAAUCGUUCGUGCGCCUGGCUGAGAGACGCAAAGUUACCCAAGCAUGCAUAUAACCAUUGCAUUUGAGCCCUCAUGUGCUCUAGCGCACCAAAUUCGAGUUCUCGCUGCUUCUUCGACCCUCAAAAUGCGACAACAAGGUCCUGUAUGAAUUCUGAUACCAGCUCUAUCGCCUCUAAGUCGCUUGCGAGCGUGGCACGAAAGCGAAUGGCUCCGACUAGCUGACAGUUCGUAAUCGAGCGCAGAUAUCACUGGAGCUCCCAACGUUGCGUGCCCGCCAGGCUUAUCUCGUGGGUGAGACUACUGAGGAUGCUAGCGGACAGAACGUCAAGCCAUGACCAGUGAAGCUUUGAAGGUCUCCGCAUGGGAAUCGAGCGGGAAAAGAGCGAC